GCUAAGCCACAUAAAGGUGAGGCAUAGUACUGAUUUUAUAAUUUUUCUUUAUCUCUUCAAAUUUAUGUGGAAGCUAGUUCUCUAAAUAAUUGCAUCGCCGACACUCAUUGUUACUCCAUCGGAUAAGAGUCAAGUCUCCUACUCAAAUCUAGUAAAAACAUAAAAGAACUCAUCGCCUUCUUCUUCUUCUUUGGAAGAAAAAAGCGAUCUAGAGAAAAGGACUUAUGGCUGAUUCAAUUCUAUCAUUUGCUGUUCAAAAGCUUUGGGUGCGUGUGAGCCAAGAAUAUGAGAGAUUCCAGGGAGUUGAAGAGCAAAUUACUGAGCUCAAAUGUGAUCUGAACAUGUUAAUGGCCUUUUUAUGUGAUGCGGAUGCAAAGAAACAAACACGUGCACUUGCCAGAAACUGCCUGGAAGAGAUAAGGGAAAUCACUUAUGAUGCUGAGGAUAUAAUUGAAACCUUUCUUCUUAAAGACGGUGGCGAGAAGAAUCACAUGAGAAGUCUUGCUUGCUUUCCACGUGGUCGUAGGGAGAUCGCAUUGCAAAUCACAAGCAUCAGUAAGAGGAUCUCCAAGGUUAUCCAAGUUAUGCAGACUUUAGGCAUAAAAUCGGACAUUAUGGACGGUGGAUAUUCGGAAGCUCAACUGGAAAGGAAAAGGGAGACGCGUCAUACAUUUUCUAGUGAAUUUGAAAAUAAUCUUGUAGGCUUAGAGAAAAAUGUUAAGAGAUUGGUUGAGGAAUUGGUGGAAAAUGAUCUUAGUCAUGGGGUAUCCAUAACUGGUUUGGGUGGUCUUGGCAAAACCACCCUCGCUCGACAGAUUUUUAAUCAUGAUACAGUAACGCGUCAUUUUGAAGGACUUGCGUGGGUGUGUGUUUCACAAGAUUAUACAAGAAAGGAUGUGUGGAAGACUAUCUUGGGCAAUCUUAGUCCUGGAGAUAAAGAUCCAAAUAUGGAGGAAGACGAUAUUCAGAGGAAACUCGUUCAGUUGUUGGAAAAAAAAAAAGUUUUGAUAAUCUUUGAUGACGUAUGGAGAAAAGAAGAUUGGGAAAAAAUAAAGCCAAUUUUUCCACCAGAUAGAAAAGCUGGUUGGAAGGUACUAAUUACUUCACGCAACGACGCUGUAUGUCCAGAAUGUAUACAAUUCAAACCAAAAUUCUUAGAACACGAAGAAAGUUUAACACUUUUGCAAAUGAUAGCAUUUCCUAAGAACGACAUAGAAACUGGAUAUAUAAUUGAUGAAGAAAUGAUAGAGAUGGCUAAGGAGAUGGUUAAACAGUGUGGAGGAUUACCAUUGGCUGUCAAAGUAUUAGGAGGGUUAUUAGCUGCCCAACACACACCACGUCAGUGGAAACUAAUAUCUGAGAACAUCAAAUCUCACAUCUUGCUGGGAGGAGUCAGUUCCACUGUUGACGAUAGCAGUUCCGUUGAUUAUAUUCUGUCUUUGAGCUUUGAAGGAUUGCCAAGUUAUUUGAAGCAGUGCUUACUCUACUUAGCCUCUUUUCCAGAAGAUCGUAGUAUAGAAAUAGAAAGAUUGGCUUAUGUUUGGGCUGCAGAAGGAAUAAAAAAGCCCAGGUAUUACGAGGGAGCUACCAUUCAAGAUGUUGCUGAUUUCUGCAUACAAGAGUUAGUGAUGAGAAAUUUGGUUAUUUCUGAAAAAGACAUGAAGACUUCGAGAUUUGAAUAUUGUCAGUUGCAUGACUUGAUGAGAGAGAUUUGUUUGUUAAAAGCCGAGGAAGAGAACUUCUUACAGAUUGUUAGUGAUCAGACCUGUGAUCAGACCUGCAGCUCAAACGUACACUCUCAAGCUUCAAGCAAAUCGCGUAGAUUCGUAGUUUACCGCACAAAAAGUUUUAGGGGAGAGUUGGAGAUAAGGAAUUCCAAACUUAGAUCUCUCUUGUUUAUUCAUGCUGUCUCUUGGGAUUCGAUCAGGAUAAAAUCUAUGGAGUUACCAUUGUUGAGGGUCUUAGAUCUCAGUGAAGCUAAAUUUAAUAGAUGGGGGUUACCAUCUAGCAUUGGAAAGCUCAUCCACUUGAAGUAUCUGAGUUUAUUUAGAGUCAAGGUAACUCAUCUACCUUCAUCCUUGCGGAACCUGAAGUCGCUGCUCUAUUUGAAUUUAGAUACGUAUUCUAGGAUAGGAACUAUGGUGCCCAAUGUCUUUGAAGAGAUGCUAGAACUGACAUACCUCUGCUUACCAAAGUACACACUGUUUCCGACGAAGUUGAAACUGGGAAAUCUACUAAACUUGGAGAGCCUUCAUAAUUUCUCAAGAAAGCAUAGCAGCCUGACGGAUCUUCAUUGUAUGACAAGACUAAGGAGGCUUACUAUCACUGGCAAGCUGUGGGAUAUGUAUACUCUAACUAGAACUCUAAGGAGAUUGGAAAAUUUGGAAGAUGCCUAUAAAAUUCAAACACAUUUCACUGAUUGGAUAUGAGGGCAAUUAAUUCAUAUCUUCCUUGUUGGAUCGGAACCAUAUGGUGUAAAGGAAGAAAGUAAGUUCAUUGUUAAACUGUACAAUAUGAAGAUAAAAAUAGUGCAUGAGAGAAGACGAUCCAACAUAAAAACUAAAGGAGCUUUUAAGAUCAGAAAUGAAAAGAUUACACUAGAGAAAAGAUGAUCACACAAAUUACAAGUUCUCUUGAAUUUUAACAUCAUUCUAUUAGUUGUUUGGUUCUUUUAUGGACACUGUCGUUUAAUGUAUUUAUUCAUGUUAAAGAUAGUUUUGUAUUUUUAACUCAAGUGGACUUACUCACUAGACUAAAGACACCUCCCCUGUUGAUAAA